GAUGCGAUGCCCGCCGACGAUCUGACCGACGUGGAAGCCCUCCUGGCACAGGAGUUCGGUCGCGACUGGCGGGACAAGGUGCUCCUUUCAGAGGAUCCCGUGCUCGGCAGUGCCACCAUCGCGCAGGUCCACAAAGCCACUUUCCGCCGUCGCAUGCCGGAUGGUACGAUCCAGGAGGUUCCUGGGGUCAUCAAAGUGCAGCAUCGACAUGUCGAAGAGAAGCUGUUAGUGGACAUUUCAGCCAGCGUCCUGGUGGCGAGGCUCGUCACAGCGCUGAUGCCGCACUUCUUCUCGGACCUCCGAACCACCAUCCAGGACACCGCGCAGAUGUCCCGAGCAGAACUGGACUUCCGGCUGGAG